AUGUCUUGGCAUGGCCGAAAUUCAACUGCCAUUCCAAGCAGCUGCUUGACGACCGAGCGGGAUGGUGCCAUCGAGGACAAGAAGCCGCCCUCAAACGGGCCGCAAAAGCCAGGUCGGACCACGAUCCCAACAGCGCCUUCGUGGAAGACGGCAGACAAGUUCCAGGUGACGGAAGUCGCUGGAAAGGGCCUCGGCCUGGUGGCACUGGUGAACAUUCCGCCUGGCACCCGGAUCCUGAGCGAGCGGCCGCUGUUCCUGCAGCAAAACAUGGCGGACGAUGAGCUCGUGCCGGCCAUCUGUCAGCGGGUGCGCAAGCUCUCGCGUGAGAACCAGCGGGAAUUCUUGUCGCUGGCCAACACGCUGCCGCAUAGCCAUCCGCUUGUGGGCACGUUCCGGAGCAAUAUGCUGGAGUGCCGGCCGCUGUCGGGCCUCUUUGGGGUCUAUGCCACGGCCGGACGCAUCAACCACAGCUGCCGGCCAAACGUGCACCACAGCUGGGACGAUGAGAAGAUGCGCCAGGUCUUUUGUGUCCUGCAGCCGAUCCGCGCCGGCGACGAGAUCACCAUCACGUACGGCCGUGGCGGCAUCACCUCGGACCAGCGGGUCUAUCUGUCAGGAUCGCGCGGCUUUGCUUGUCGUUGCGAGCGCUGUCUCCUGCCGCCUGCUGAGCUCGCCGAGACGGACGACCGGCGCAUCCUGAUCCAGCGGCUCGACGAUUCGCUCGGCGACCUCUACUGCUCGCGCUUCACGCCCCAUGAGAGCCUGCGUCUGGUCCGCACGCUGCUGCGCGAGUUCGCGGUCGAGUAUGGCGGCUACGCUGCCGUCUACGCUGCCCGCCUCUACUAUAAUGCCUUCCAGGUAACCAUUGCCCACGGCGACAUCUUGCGGGCCACUGCCUUUCUCCAAUUGUCCCAUGAGAAGACUGUCCUCUGCCACGGCUAUGAUCACCCGAAUUCUGCGAAGCUGCGCACCUUGGCACAGGUGCCCCAGAUGUCCGUGGGCUUCCUUCUAUGCUCUCGACGCUGGCUGCGAGUGGGCGAAAAGCCGCCGGCCAAUAUGGACAGCCCUGAGUACACCAACUGGUUGUUUCGCAGACAGCCAGCGUACAGCGUGGCCGAGCUGGCCGAGCUCUAUCCGCGAGAUUGCGGGGUGGUAUUGUAG